AUGCAAAGCACUGCAUUCAGAAAGAAGAGGGAUGGCAAGUGGGUAACCCGUCACUUUCUUAUGCAGUCCGAGAACUGGACCAAGAAGAUGUGCGACACAGCGUUCGAGUACGCUGCCAGGCAUGGCCUGACCAGGACUAACGAGAUUCAUGGAGAACAAGAGGCCAAGUUGGUGUUAAGUGAAGGAUUCAAUUGGGAAGAGGAAGACCUUGAAGUCAGACAGUCAUGCCAGCGCUUGACUGUCAAAGAUCCUGAGGGAAGGAUGUAUGACGACGAACUGUCCGGCCUGACUGAUGCUCAACUCCUUCAGCGAGGCCACGAAGCUGUGACGCCUGAGGUUCAAGCUGCCAACAGCUCAGGGUCCUUUAAGAUGUCGUCCCAGCUUACUGGGCAAGUCAAUGUGUUGAAAGAUCUCUACCAGAAGCUGGAAGCAUUUCAAGCCGAAGCUAUCCUGCAGCUGUGCGCCAACUGCACUCGUGCAGAUGUUGCCUUGAACAACAUCGUGGUGCGAGCCAGGAAUGUCAAGGGAGCGAGUGCCAAGUCGACCCCGAAGCCGAAAGCUUCUUCUGGCAAAAAGCCGACCAGAAAGGAUUCCAAGGGCAAAGCACGUGGCUCUUCUCGAGAAGGGCUCUUCACAUCUCGUAUCGAUGACCCAGGUGGGCGGCCAAUCCCGGAUGAAGAUGAUGACCUUGCAGACGAGCUGCUGGUGGGAUUCGAGGAGGGUGCUGAAUCAGCUUGUCGUGUGGUACGACUAGCAAAGGUUGCCCACAACCGCCUCAAGCGAAAAGGUAUGUCCGACCCGCUACUGGCCAAGAUGGCGAAAUGCGGCAAAUCUAAGUUGGACAGCCACAUUUGUCAGAACUUGCAUGCUACAGCGCGAAAGUUUGGGAAAGUUCUACCAGUGAAAAUCUCCCGGGUCCCAACUAUGUAUCGUUUGUCUCGGAGGAAACCGAAAAGAGUCAAGUGCAAGUACCCUGUGCUGUUCCUAUCAGACUGGGCCGAAUGCAUUUUGGACAUGGGUGGUCACUUCUUCUUGGGUGGAAAAAGCCUUGAUGAGGUGGAUAUGUUUGGGGUGCAGCUAGAGGAUUUUUGGACAAAGUACCAACAAUCCAACCCGGACUUGGGUUUCUUUCGUGACGUCCCCAAGUCGGACUGGAAACUGUCAGUUCCACUUGCCAUACAUGGCGAUGAAGGUACUUUGGAAGGGACGAGUUCUGAAGUUCCGCUUUGUCGUGAUAUCCAUCAAAGGCUUCGCGCUUGGCCACGUGGCUUGGGCAAAGGACAUGAUGCUGCCAUUCUGUGGGCGUGGCUGGAUGAAGAAAUUCGGCAUGUUCCACCCGUCGAUUUGGAGUUCAAAGACAUCUUCGAGGUUCUUCAUUGGAGCUGCCUCGCCAACAACCGGUUUUGGCAUUGCAUCUACACCAAUGGCAUUUGGCUUCCAAGAUCAACUGUCGUAGAAUUGGUGAAAGAUGGGUGGGCGUUUGUCGAUGGGUACAUCACCCUUGCAGCCCUGUGCUGCAGAGAGGGGUGGUGGGCUUAUCAGUUGCGACCAAAGCUGCACAUGAUGGCACACAUUGUGCUGGACCUUCAGUGGGAGCUAGAAAAUGAACAAGUUGAGUACAUCCUGUCGCCCAGUGUGAGCUGCACUUGGGCAGAUGAGGAUUACAUAGGAAAGGUGGCGCGUGUUUCACGCAGAACCCACCCAUGGACGGCUGCGAUGAACACAAUUCAACGAACCCUUGGUUUUUACCGUCGUGUUUGGGGAGAGAAGUUUAACAAAAGUUACUUCCUUGAAGGAGAAACUUAG